AUGGACCAGGCAGUUGCUGACGGUGUUGAUGUGAUAUCAAUUUCUAUGGGUUUCGAUCAGACGCCACUUUAUGAGGAUCCAAUCGCCAUAGCUUCAUUCGGAGCAAUGGAAAACGGAUUGCUUGUUUCUUCUUGAGCAGGAAAUUAUGGUCCAGAGCUUGGAUGGUUGCACAAUGGCAUUCCAUGGGUCUUGACAGUCGCAGCUGGUUCUAUUGAUCGUUGGUUCGCUGGGACAGUGACUCUGGGAAAUGGGUUAACCAUCACUGGAUGGAGCAUGUUCCCUGCGAGUGCCUUCGUGGAAAACUACCCUAUUAUCUACAACACGACUAUAUCCGCUUGCAACUCAUCUGAAUUAUUGUCUGAGGCCCCUUUCUCGAUCCUCAUAUGCGAUAAUACGGUGCCAUUUUUCACACAAAUCAAACAAGUUUCUAUGUCAAAUCAGCCUGCAGCUAUCUUUAUCUCGGAUGAUCCUCAAAUAUUUGAGUUUAAUAUUUUCCCUUAUCCGGGGGUCGUGAUUAGCCCAAAGGACGCACCGACAUUGAUCAGUUAUGCCCAAACUGUUGUUCAACCUACAGCUAGCAUUAAGUUUCAACAAACCUUUGUGGGUACUAAGGCUGCACCAGCUGUUGCUGCCUAUACAUCAAGAGGUCCUUCGCCGAGCUAUCCGGGAAUCCUCAAGCCAGACGUGAUGGCCCCGGGAACACUAGUAUUAGCAUCUUGGAUUCCAAAUGGAUAUUCAGCUUCCAUUGGUUCAAAUAUUGUCUUGUCCAGUGAUUACGUCACAAUCUCCGGGACAUCCAUGGCUUGCCCGCAUGCUUCUGGCAUUGCUGCACUACUAAAAGGAGCGCACCCUGAAUGGAGUCCGGCUGCCAUUCGCUCCGCCAUGAUGACCACAGCAAGCCCAAUCGAUAACACUUUUAAUCAAAUCCGAGACAUUGGCUUGGGUUACGAAAUUGCUACGCCAUUAGCUAUGGGAUCUGGUCAAGUUGAUCCGAACAGGGCAAAUGAUCCGGGUCUUAUAUAUGAUGCUACUUCACAGGACUAUGUGAAUCUCCUUUGCUCCAUGAAUUUCACUGCGAACCAGAUCUUGACCAUAACAAGAUCGAACAGUUACAGUUGCUCAAACACUUCUGAUCUCAAUUACCCAUCUUUCAUUGCUUUGUACACAAACACAACAGGGAUGGUGGUUCAAACAUUUCAAAGGACCGUCACGAAUGUUGGAGCCGGCGCAACGUCUUACACAGCUAAUGUGAUAGCACCAACGUUGUCUGUGGUCAGAGUUUCACCAGAUACAUUAGUGUUUGGGAAGACAUAUGAGAAGCAGAACUACUCUCUGACCAUAAGUUAUAUGGGUGACAAGAACGGGUCAGUGACAUUCGGUUCACUAACUUGGAUUGAAGAGAACGAAGGGCACACGGUGAGGAGCCCCAUUGUUGUGUCGCCGAUAAUCAACGUUUGGUGAACGUUGUCUAAAUGUGCAUGCAUGCAUGUCCUGAGGAAUAAUUGCCAUUUUAAGAUGCUACUUUUUUGGAGAAUUUAGAACGUGUAAUCAUGCAUGGGUGUCCUAGAAAUUAAGAUUUAAAUCUUGGAAAUAAAGUUGUAUGUGGUCAGCCUUUGAAUGCUACAAAAUUCUGUGUCGGUGGGAGUUUCGAAUUGGAACCCAAGCUCUCCUUGGUUGCAAGUGUCAGCAAAUGGCUCGGGUCGGGCCAACUCGAUCCUAAAAUUUAAACGGCAAUGUUAGGUAUUAUGAAAAAUC